ACCAGAUACCUGUACUAACAUGCCCCUUCAGUUAACCAGCAGAAUUAACGGUUACUGACAAUGGAUAAUCUCCCUUAAACAACUAUAACUUUUUUAUGUCGAGUUGUUUGCUGCGCUGUUGUUGUAGCCUGUUUAAAAUGUGAUUGCUGGUUACUGUCUUGCUCGCAGCAGUAGUUGGAGCAUAGAUCAACCUCCUGAAAUAUAUAAUGUGACUCCUCUGAGGAUUGUUCUGCUGGGGAAAAGUAUGUCAGAAAACAGCCGAGUGGGAAACUUCAUAUUAGGACGAGCAGCGUUUGACAGUGAAGCUCCUCCAGGCAUAAUAGAAAGACUUACAAGGAAGAUUGAAAGACAAACACGUGAUCAUCAUCAACAGUCCUCAGCUGCUCCAGACAAACAUCUCAGAUGAUCAGAUCACACAGACAGUGAGAGAGUGUGUGUAUCUGUCUGAUCCGGGGCCUCAUGCGUUCAUUGUCAUACUGCAGUAUAAUGAUUUCACUGAGGAGGACAUGAGACAAGUGAAAAGUGUCCUGAAAGAAUUCGGUGACGAGGCGAUUAAACGCACCAUAGUGAUAACGAGUGAUGAAGAGACACAUGACGCUGAUAAAUUAAUUAAGCAGUUAAACACCGAAUGUGGAGGAGGACAUCUGCAGCUUGAUCAUAAAAACGAGGAAUGGUGCUCUGUAGUAUUGCAACGAUUAGAGGAUUUCCUCAGAGAAAACAGUGAAGAAUAUCUCGCAUGUGAGCCGUAUUGUGAUACAGAAGGAUCAUCAGUUGAUGAAGAUUGGAGCAGAUCUUUUACCUCACUCAGAACAGAAGAGGAAGAGGAAGUUUCAGACACCUCUACAAAGAAAAAGGAAGCAAAAGGUUUUCUUCAUAAUAUAUCAAAAAUAUCAUUUAGUUCUCCAGAUCUAAGACCAGAUCGAGCAAAGAGAAGUGUACAUGCAAGCAGAAAACAGAAGCUGUGUGUUGUGUUGUGUGGAAGUGAUGGAAGACUAAAAGCCUUUGUAUCAAAACUUUUAAGAGGAAAAAAGCAGUUUCUUCCCUCCUUACACCUGAAAGAGAAAGAGUGUGCGAAGAGAGACGUGGAGCUUCAUGGUCGUCUGAUCAGUCUAGUGGAGCUUCCAUCUCUGACUCGCCUCUCAGAGGAGGAAGUGAUGCGUCAGACUCAUCAAUCUGUCUCUCUCUGUGAUCCUGGAGUUCAUGUAUUCCUCCUCAUUAUUCCUGACGCUCCACUGACCACUGUGGACAAAGCAGAAAUGGAGGUGAUCCAGAGAACUUUCAGCUCAAGGAUAAAAAAACACCUCAUCGUUCUCAUAAUCCAAGAGAAGAACAUGUUUAGCAAACUGAUUAGUAGUAAAACCCAGAUGUGUCUUCAGUCAUUUGAAGGUCGACAGUUUCUUUUGGAGAAUGGCUCACAGAUUCCAAAUCUGCUGCAGAUUGUGGAAAACAUGGUACAAGAAAAUGGAGGAAGUUGCUACACAACCUUCACGUACCUUCAGGCUCGAGUAGAACUGGAGAGAAACAAACACAGAGCUGAAAUAGAGGAACUGAGAAGAUCCAUGAAGAAAACUCAGUCAACAGCAGGUUUAACACACAGUUAUGUUGCUGUGAGGAUUGUGCUUCUGGGAAAGACGGGUGUUGGGAAAAGUGCAACAGGAAACACAAUACUGAGAAGAGAAGCUUUUAUGUCGAAACUAACUUCACGCUCAGUGACCAGAGAGUGUGAGAAAGAAACCUCUGAGUUCAACAGAAGACAGAUAACUGUUAUCGACACUCCAGGCCUGUUUGAUACUGGAGUUGAUAAUGUUGAGACCAGGAAGGAGAUUGUGAAGUGCGUCUCAAUGGCGGCUCCUGGUCCACAUGUGUUUCUGCUGGUGAUUCCACUGGGACGAUUCACUCAAGAGGAGAAAGAUGCAGUGAAAAUGAUCCAGGAGAUGUUUGGAGAGAAAUCCAGAAUGUACACCAUGGUGCUUUUCACCAGAGGAGAUGAUCUGAGAGGAACAACAAUUGAAGACUUUAUUGAAGCUAAUGAUAGCUUACAGUACCUCGUCCAUCAGUGUGGUAAGAGAUACCAUGUGUUCAAUAAUAAUGAAACUAAAGAUCAGAGACAGGUUUCUGCACUGCUGGAUAAGAUUGACUGUAUGGUGGCAGCAAAUGAAGGGAGUUUCUACACCAGUGAGAUGUUCCAGCAGGUGGAGAAGAACAUCAAAGAGGAACAAGACAGAAUCCUGAAAGAGAAAGAAGAAGAAAUCAAGAGAAAAGAAGAGGAGCUGAGAGCCAAAUAUGAAGCAGAAAUUGAACAAAUGAAGCAAGAAAAUGAGAGAGAAAGACAAGAGAUGCAAAAUGAACUGAGGAAAAAUGAGGAAGAAUUAAGAAAGAGAGAAGAAGAGAUCAAGAAAGAAACGGAUGAGAAUCUACAAAAAGACCUGCAGAGAAAACUGGAGGAGAAACAGAAACUAUUUGAAGAAGAAAAUAAAAGAAAAGAAAAGGCUUUGGGAGAACAACAACAGAACUUCAUAAAAUACCUGGAAGAAAAUCACGAGAAAGAAAAACAAAAACUUCAGGAGAAAAUUCAGCGUGAAUCAAGAGAACAAGCAGAGCGUGAAUAUCUCAUAAAACUCGAAAGAGAAGUAGCUAAAGCUUUAAAAGAAGCUGAAGAACAACUGUCGUGUAGUGCAAAACGAGCUCGUGACUGGAGUCUGUAUGGAGGUUUUAUUGGAGCAGCUGCUGGAAGUUUAGUUGGUUCUUAUGAAGACAUUGUGUGUUGGAUUAUCAGCAAACAUUCUAAAUAUCAAACCCAAAUACAAAUUGAAGGGUGUGUUUAGGUACAACCCCAAUUCCAAACAACUUAGAAUGCUGUGUAAAAUAUAAAUAAAUACAGAAAGCAAUGUUUUGCAAAUCUCAUAAACCCUUAUUUUAUUCACAGCAGAACAUAGAAAACAUCAAAUGUUUAAACUGAGGAACUGUACCAUUUUAAGGAGAAAUUUUGAAUUUAAUGGCUGCAACAUGUCUCAGAAGAGAAGUGUUUUUAAAAAAGAAACAGCUGGAGGAACAUUUAACAAUAGGUUAAUCAGGUCAGUAACAUGAUUCUGGGUAUAAAAAGAGAUAUCUUAGAGAGGCAGAGUCCCUCAGAAGUAAAGAUGGGCAGAGGUGAAUAACUGAAUCUAUGUCAUGUUGUGUGGAUAGGAAGAAGGCGAAGGAAAUGGCGGAGAGUCCAAACUUUGAUUUGCAUUAAAUGUGUGACGAGGGAGAACACAACAUAAAGUAACUGUGACCAGACAAACAAAGGCUGAACAGAAUGGGGUUUAAAUACCUGGACAAACAAGAGCAAAUCAAUGACAUGUGCGGAGUAAUUAAUCAAAAACCAUAGUAACACAUGAGGAACAGAAACAAGAAGCAGGAGAACAGGGAAAACGAAACCAACACACAAAGAACAUGUGACAAUUUACAAAUUGUGGAACAAUGCCAGAAUAAUAAUCCUCAAAGUAAAACUUUGAAUAUAUCAUCUUCUGCAGUACAUAAUUUCAUCAAAAGAUUCAGAGAAUCUCUUUGUGCAAGGACAAGGGAAAAAAAUCAACAUUGAAUGCCUACGGUCUUUGUGCCCUCAGACGGCACUGCAUUAAAACAGGUGUGAUUCUGUAAUGGAUUCACUGCAUGGGUUCAGAAAAACCUUCAGAAAUCAUUGUCUGUGAACACAGUUCACUGUGUAAUCCACAAAUGCAGGUUAAAGCUCUAUAAUGCAAAGAAGAAGCCAUUUGUGAACAUGACCCAGAAAUGAUGCCAUCUUGUCUGGGCCAAAGCUCAUUUAAAAUGGACAAAGGCAAAGUGGAAAACUUUCCUGUGGUCAGACAAAUCAAAAUUUGACAUUCAUUUUGGGAACUGUGGAUGUCGUGUUGUCCAGAUUAAAGAGCCGAGAGAUCAUCCGGCUUGUUAUCAGCGUUUUAAACAUGGAUCAUAAGUCACUCUUGGAGUUCAACAGUGCUGCUAGGGAAAACUUUGUGGAAUUUGGUAAAACUUAAAACACAGAGAACCUCAGUAGCAUUUCAAGCCUUUCAGUUUCACAGUAAUAAAUCUUUUUCUUUUUUUUGGAAAAGAAACCAGCCAUUUGUUUGGAUUGGCUGUAUUAGUUGUUUAUUGUCUUUUUUCUGUCUUUUUUUCCCCCUCUACACAUCUUAUCCAGUCUUUACCAAAAUGGUAAUCUUAUUGCAAAAUUGUUUGAAAAAUUUCCAACAAAAUGCCGUGUGUGCUGACUCUUAGCUCAGUUUAUCUCCAGCAACAGAUAAACACAUAGUUGUAGGUGUUGGGGAAAAAAUUAUAUUUUAUAUGAAAUAAUGUGGUUUAGAUAGAAAAGAAACAAACAUGUUAAAAAAUUGUGUUCCAGUUUUUUCAAGGUUUUUAUUACUGUAUCUAUACACAGUACAAAUGUUUUUGUUUUGAGUAUUUAUAGGUUCUGCCUGUUCUAUAGCGCUGUAUUAAGUUGAAGAAUAUAAAUAUUUUAACCUGCGCCCUCCUGUGGUGGGUUUAGUGUACGCAUGCUCAUUUCUAUGUCAGUGUAAAGUUUGCUUGAGGUUUGGAAAACGUCGAGGCUUUGGUGCUAAAAUGGCGCAGAUUUCGGGUAAGAUGUUCAACACACAUAUUUAAUACAAAUCAAAAUAAUAUUUUAAAAAUAUAAAAAUGUUUAGUUUUACUGCUGUCCUAAAACGGACUUUCUCCAUGAAAUAAA